UUCCUCCCCCCUCACAGAAAAGCUUUCCCCAAAAAUAGCAAGCUAUGAAGCAACAAGGGACGGGAGGCUACUCCCCUUUCCACUUUUUUUCGUUUCCCGGCAGCCGUAUCAUGCCCAGGCUCGUGGAUUGGUGGUGGCGAAUUCCCCUCUACCGAAAUUCCAACAAUCGGAGAGGCAUCCAGGUCCAUCAUCAACAAGAAGCAAUCCUGAGUGCGAGUAUUAUCUUGCCAAAUUUGUGCCAACAUUUUGUGCAAAUCACCUCAAUAAUUUUUUGGUCCCAAGACCAGCACUUUGGAGAAGGGAAUCAAGGGAGAAGCUGGGGCUGGAUCCCCAUUGGGGAGCAAUGGCCGGUUGGGCGAGGAAUUAGAGGCCGACUAAGCAAGCAGAACAUAUAGGAUGAGGUGGCCGAGGAGCAGAUUGAAAUGGCUCCUCAGCGCAUGCCUCAUCUCUCUCCUCCUCCUCACGCCCACAGACUGUGAUGGGCUGCAGCUCGUCGCCGCCAUAAGGAAGAACUUAUUUUGGCCACCAGCACCUCCCCGUCCAUCUCUUCCAGACCGAAUAGGCGAUGAAUUGGUGGAAAAUUUAUGGCUCAACUGUGAUUUAGAUAGGAUAAUCCUUCAAGAAGUUAAAAAUCAAUCCUAUUACACCCUUCUAUUCAACAUCAUCAGAAAUUCCUACAGAACAAAUUAUAAGAUCGAGGAAGGAAUGAUCACUUCUUUGUCGCAUGAAGUUACCAAUACUUUCCAGGACUGCUUAAGCAAGCAUAAUUCCAUUUUGCCACAUGGCGUCUCUGGGCAUAGCCAGGUGGAGGAGAAGGACGCAGGAAGCUUAUUAUCAAAUUCGAAUAAAUUCAAACAGCCUUUUGCAUCGAAAAUAAGAUAUCUACUCGACGGAACUUCAGCAUCACAUUUUACUUUUUCACCGCCUGCAAAAGAAGCAAUCUGGAGCGCUUUGUCUUCCGAAGAAGAGUCUCGUCCACUGGUCACUAGCAUAAAGAAGUCAGACGGAAAAAAGAAGAGCAAGGACAAAGACUCAGAUUCAUCCACUGUUGUCUUGGGUUUGGCAGUGGGCUGCGUAGCAUUGGUGGCUCUUAUUGUGUACUUUUGUGCUUGUCGUGGAGAUGAUUCAGCAUCACCAUAUGAUCUAGGCAGGGAUGAUAAACCACUCCUAGGUUUGACUGACCUAACAGGUUCUUCCCGUAAGUCCAGCGCUACACCAAUCGAUGUCAGCAGGUUGGGGGCAUUGUCACGAAGUUCAUCCGAGAUCCCGCAGUCGGAAUUUGCGGUACCAAUGAAGUUGCAUACCGUACAACCAUCUGCUAAUAAGUUGAAGUCAGUAGGAGCGAUGUCAAUGAAGGCAGAACUAAUGGAGCGGCACAGCAGGCUGAGCUCGCACGAGAUAACAACCGUCGCUGGACGUCCGGCGGUCUCUACCCUAGCCGAGAAGGCCGCAGUUUCUUCUGCUACUAGUAACGCAGUUACACCUGCAGGUCCACCACCACCACCUCCUCCAGCUCUUCCUGGAAAGGCUCUUCCACCUCCGCCUCCUCCUCCUGCUCUUCCUGGGAAGGCUCCUCCACCUCCUCCUCCUGCACCUGGUGCACCUGCACCACCACCACCACCAGGAGCAUCAGCAGCAGCAGCAGCACCACCACCACCACCGCCGCCAGGAGCAGCAGCAGCACCACCACCACCUCCGAAGCCAUCCGGGCCUCCUGCUCCCGGACCACCACCACCUCCUGGUCCAAGAGCUGGAGCUGGAGCAGGACCUGGACCUCCACCUCCACCACUUAAAAAAGGUGGACCACCUGGAGGUGGACCCCCGCCACCAGCACUGCCGGGUGGUCCUAAAAAAGGUGGACCACCGCCGUUAAAGAAGCCAGGAGCGGCAGCUCCUGUUGCAGACUCUUCGAAAACAAAGUUGAAGCCCUUCUUCUGGGAUAAGGUUGCUGCAAGUCCAGAUCAAGCCAUGGUGUGGGAUCAACUUAAAGCCGGAUCCUUCCAGUUUAAUGAGGAGAUGAUUGAAACUCUUUUUGGUUGCAACGCUGUUGACAAGAAAAGUAGCGAUGGCAAAAAGGAGCCAGCAAAGGAAGCAACUCAAUUUGUUAGGAUCCUAGAGCCUAAAAAGGCACAGAAUUUGGCAAUAUCACUGAAAGCACUCAGUGUUUCAGCUGCAGAUGUGCGUACUGCAGUUACAGAAGGGCAUGAACUCCCCUCUGAUUUGAUACAAACAUUGAUACGGUGGAUCCCAACUAGUGACGAGGAACUACGGCUUCGGCUGUACAAUGGAGAGAUGAGUCAGCUUGGUCAGGCCGAGCAAUUCUUGAAGACCAUCAUUGAAAUCCCAUACAUUUUCCAGCGCUUGGAGGUGUUACUUUUCAUGGCCAGUUUGCCGGAAGAAGCCGGAAGUGUGAAGCAGUCAUUUGAAACCCUAGAGAUAGCAUGCCAAGAGCUUAGGCACAGCCGUCUCUUCAAGAAGCUAUUGGAGGCUGUACUUAAAACUGGCAACCGGAUGAAUGAUGGCACCUUUCGAGGGGGAGCACAGGCGUUCAAACUGGACACCCUUCUGAAGUUGGCUGAUGUCAAGGGCGUUGAUGGCAAGACGACGCUCCUGCAUUUCGUUGUCCAAGAGAUCAUCCGCUCGGAGGGUGUCCGUGCUGUGCGUGCCGCCAAGGAGCAGAACAGCAGCAUCUCCAGCGUGAACAGCACGGAUGAUCUCACCGAGGAUGUCGGCGAAGACACGGAACACUACAAGCAGCUGGGCCUCGCCUUGGUUUCCAACCUAGGGGAGGACCUCCAGAACGUCCGCAAGGCAGCGGUCCUGGAUGCGGAUGCGAUGACCAUCAUGGUGGCGAGCCUCGGGCACAGGCUGGUGAAGGCGAACGAGUUCUUGAACACGAGCAUGAAGAGCUUGGAGGAGGAGAGCGGGUUCCAGCGCAAGUUGGUCCAGUUCAUAGAGCAGUCCCAGGUGCAGGUGACCCACCUGCUGGAGGAGGAGAAGAAGCUUCGCUCGCUGGUGCGCACCACCGUGGAUUACUUCCACGGCAGCACUGGGAAGGACGAGGGCUUACGCCUGUUCGUCAUCGUGCGUGAUUUCCUGGUGAUACUGGACAGGGUGUGCAGGGAGGUGAAAGAGGCGGCUGCCAAAUUAGCCGCUGCUAACAAGAAAGAGGCAGCCGCCGCCAAAGCAGCGGCAGCCCCGACAGCACCGGCCACGAGGGGCAGGCAACCGUCCCAGACGUCCAUGUCUUUCCGCGACCCUCGGCAACAUCUGAAGCCUGCAAUCCAAGGUCGGAGGGGAAAGGCACACAGCAGCUCCAGCUCAUCUGAUUCUGAUGACUGACAGGCACCUAGCUACCCUAGACUAGCUACAUCAAUCAUGGCCAGAUAUCAAAUGGACGGCAAUUGCAUAUGCAGGAAGGGUAUGAGCACCAUUGACCUCUACCAUGUAUGUUUGUAUGUAUCAUUCUGUAUUUCACGUCACACUUGCUGUUAGAGCGAUGAGAUGUGAUGGCGGCAUAGGUGUAGGCUAGUCAAGGAAUGUGGAUGGUGGUAGGUCAGUUCAAUUGACUGCUUGUAAUGCUACCUUUUCUGCUAGUCUUCCCACUAAUACAGGUGUAUAUUUCUA